AUUAGAAGUCAGCCUUCUGCAAGUUCCGUGUGUGUUGCGGAAAAUACCCUUUUUGGGCGUCCGACCACAUGUGUGAAUUGUGAACAAAAUAUGGUUUUUGAGUGAUUUUCGGUAUUGAAAGACCUGUACGGUGGUGUUAUAUACUUCCAAUUGUUACGAAAACGACUCCUUGUGUUCAAGUGCUUGAAAAAGUUGGAACAAAUCGACGGAAGUGAAUUUUUUCGAUGUAAAUACGAUCGGUACAGGGUCAACCUGGUGAGCAUUGCGAUUUGUGCGCAUAUAUCUCAGUGACCAAGUUUUUGUUGGAUAGAUUAGUGAUACAGAUUUGACCUUCGAUAUUUCGGGAAAGUUUUUCGAUUGCUAGUUUUGUUGCAAGCAUGUGUUGAGGUUCCAUGGCGUCGCGCUCGUGAUCGUCGGUUGGCGCGGAGCGCGCGCCUGCACUUACAUAACUUAGCUGUGGUAUGGCCACACAGGUCUCCGUUGAGGGAAGCGGACCCUCUUAUGCGUCAGUGUUAAAUUUCGGUGGUGCGGAGAGUAACAAAGAAAACAUUGAGUCCACGGAGGUCGUGGAAACUCCUCCUCGACAUGAAGACGAGGGGGAGGAAGGUUUUGUGCCUGUGGUUUCGCACACGAGAAGGCCAGGAAAGAGCCGCAGAGAACGGGAGCGUAGGGCGGCUCCUCGGGCUCAUAACAAGGCAUCGCAGUCACAUUCAGAGCCCCAGCCAGCUCCUGAGCAGCAGCAAUCAACAGAUCCCCAGCCUAAGAAAUUUGUCGAGGCUCCAAUACCCAAAGUUAACCCUUGGCAGGUUCGUGGUGGCAGUACCGGAGUGCCUCCGCCAGCGCCGCCCGCCCAUGAUACGGAGAAGAGAUCGCCUCUACUGCCGCAGCAUCAGCAACAACCUAGGCCUGCACCAGUGCCGGUUGUAGCACCAGUUCCAGAACCGCCACCGCCUGUUGUAGUGAAACCUAUAGUGGUAAAAGCAGUGAAGAAUGUCAAAAUCAAUCAAAAGGCAUCAGAUUUCACGGAUAUAGGCGAUUGGCCGACGCUAGGCGCUGCAGUGGCCGCUCGAUGUCAUUCGACACCGCCGCCGCACGAUGACCCCGCGCACCAUAAUGGCAAUGCGGACCAAGAGAGGAACCCUCCAGAAGAACCGCCCAAGCCAGAAAAGGUGGAGCAACAGAAUCACACCGAUAAACACGCGCAUAGCGACAAGAAUAAGAAUACUGCUGGAAGAGGCGGUAAUAAGUCGGGCAAACAUAAAUGGGUGCCGUUGGAUAUUGAUGUAAAGGCUGCUCGUCCGGGCAAGCAUGCUGCUCAACAUAAUGCCAGACAGGAUAACGAUACAGUGUCCCUGAAUGGGGAAGACAGACAGAGGGGUGCUACACGCGGUAGGGGCGCAGUAAGGGGUGCAAGGGGGGUCAGGCGGCCAGGUCCCCGUCCUGCAUCCGUUCACUCGCAUCCUCAUCCGCUGUACCAUCACCCGGAUUAUCCGCAUCACGAUUUGGCACAGCUCCGAGUUGCUCAGCCGGCGAUGCCUCAGGGUCUCGUGCUGCACUACGGGAUCGGGGCUCUAGGGCCCCCCGGAGCGCUCGCCCCUGGAGCCAUAGCUCCUGGGGGUCUGACGCCAGGGGCUCUUACCCCGGCUAUGGCGCCUCCAUUGGCCCAGGCGUACUACUUUGGUGCUGCGGCGGCGAAUACAGCUGCCUUCGGAAUUGGAUUGGACCAAGUCACGCUUAAAGAUCUUAUUAAGAAACAGAUCGAGUACUACUUCAGUCCGGACAACUUAGCGCGUGAUUUCUUCCUCCGUCGCAAGAUGUCGUCCGACGGGACAAUUCCCGUGACGUUGAUCGCGUCCUUCCACCGCGUACGUGCGCUCACGGCUGACGUGCAACUGGUGCUUGAUGCUAUACGGGAUUCUGAUAAGCUGGAACUCAUACAAGGAUUUAAGGUGCGAACAGCUAUUGAGCCUAUGAAAUGGGUGUUAGCUGACAUCGCGUUAGGUGCAAAUGACGAAGAGAAAACUGAAAAAACUGAAGACACGAACAAAUCCCAGAAAACCGAAACCAUUGAUAAAACAGACAUAGAAAAUCAAUCUGAAGAUAAAGGAGAGAAAACGGAGAGUUUGGAUAAAGAGAGUUCUGAUAAGGAGACAGUUGAAGAUAAACCAGAGGAGGAUUUUCGCGGGGAGCGGAUAGAAGACCCGCCGAGGAUAGAUAGUGAAGAUGUUGAACUGAAAACAAUUCCUGAAACCGCCCGGCAAUCCGCUAACGAAACAAACGAAAUUAAAGAUGUAGUAAAAAGUGAAGUGAAGGAGGCAAGUGAAGAAAAUAACGAUGUGGAUGAGGAAGUGAAAACCGAUGAAGCGCAAAAGGACUCCAAUGAUGACCCCCCGCUACAGUCUGAUGGGUCUGAGAAGCCUGGGGAGAAACGCCGUAAGAAGCAAAUGGUGGGAAUUUUCCCGCUAGCGACCAUGGGUGGUCCCCUGGUAGCGCCCGUUUCUAGUUUGUUGCGAUGCGUUCCGCCGCCGCCAUUGCCCAGAAUGUUCCGGAGCAGUCAUGGCCCGGGUUCCAUAUCGCCCCUUGCAAGGGACAACCUAAACCCGGAUGUACCCGAGUUUGUUCCGCAGGCUGUGAGGCAACAGGAACCAAUUGAAAAAGGAGCAACGGAGCAGCUUAACAGCCCCAACAAUGAAAGGGCAGAUCCUAAUGUCUGGACAGAGGUGAAACGUCGCACAAAAGCCGGGUCCCGUGAGCGAGGUAACGCACGCGAGGAACCCGAGGAGCCUCGCGAAGAGCUGCACUUCCAGCUGGAUGAAGAGCUGGAUUUGCCCCCGCCGAGGCAUAACACCUUCACUGACGCAUGGUCUGACGACGAAUCGGAAUCGGAGUUCACAGACGGGGACAUAGGCCGGCUGCUCAUCGUAACCCAGACGACUACCAGAGCGCCUAAACAUGACGGAUACGACCGCCAAGGCGAUUGGUCCACUCGCACUAAGAUCACUCAGGACUUGGAGCAGGUGAUCACAGAUGGACUCCGACGCUAUGAAGAGGAUUUGUGGGGGGAAUUUUCUAUGUGUAACAGUGGUGGCAGUCAGUACCGCACCGUGUCUUUGAUCAGUCGAGAGCAGUUUGAAGCCACUGUUCCUGCUGAGAAGCACAGCAACCCCGUGGAGCCUCCACCACCGCCGCCGCAUCAAACGCAACAGAUGGAGUCCCAAAACGAAGUGGGCAAGGCGAAGCGACCAAGACGUACUGCACGCUUCUACGCCGCGAGCAAGGACCCGCACGCCACUGAUGUCAUAAGCAGCCGCAAACACAAGACGCGGCACAGCCUGAACCCUCCAGUGGAGCAUCACAUCGGGUGGGUCAUGGACAUCCGCGAGCACAGGAGACAUCAUAGGGAUAGCGGAUCUUCUCUCGGCACUUCACCGACACUAGGCUCGUCAUGCGGCUCCGCUCCUCAAUCGUUGCCCGCCUUCCAUCACCCGUCGCACGGAUUGCUUCGAGAGAACCACUUCACGCAACAGGCCUAUCACAAAUAUCACUCACGGUGCCUCAAAGAACGCAAGAAGCUCGGAAUCGGUCAGUCGCAAGAGAUGAACACACUCUUCCGUUUCUGGUCCUUCUUCCUUCGGGAUCACUUUAACAGGACCAUGUACAACGAAUUCAGAGCGUUGGCGAAUGAAGACGCUAUUGCUGGUUUCCGGUACGGCCUCGAAUGCCUUUUCCGUUUCUACUCGUACGGACUUGAGCGUAAAUUCCGUCCGGAACUGUACAAAGACUUCCAAACUGAAACUAUGCAGGACUAUGAGAAUGGUGGUCAAUUAUAUGGAUUAGAAAAGUUCUGGGCGUUCCUGAAAUACUACAAACAUGCUGCAGCGCUUCAAGUCGAGCCUAAACUUAAAGGAUACCUCGCCAACUUUAACACCAUCGAGGACUUCAGGGUACUUGAGCCCCAAUUAAACGAACUAUUGGGUGCGCAAGGACCCAAUGCACCAGGCCGCGGACCCCACGCCCGGCCAUACGACAGACACAGAUCUGUGUCCGAAAGCGAUAGACCACACCAUCAGCACCACAGGAACUAUUUCAAAGCUCCAAACACAUCUGGCAACAACGAACGCGGCCGAGCUGGCUCUUGCGGCGCACAGAGCGUUGUCGCUAUCAACAGGACCAGGCGUAGCACCAAAAUCAAAACCGGAUCAAGAAAUGAAGCAGCCGGUCGCGGCGCGUACGCAGUGAUGCGUUCAGAGGAACGUACAUAACGUGUAUAUACAUAGACUGAGCCGUUCGUAAUUAUAGGACAUUGCAUUUUUAUAUAAAUAAAACUAAAAAAAAAUUAAAAAAUCUUAUGGACCCAAAGUGUUGAACGCUAGUGUUAAGUGUAUGUAACCGGUUCUCGACGGUACGGACCGGUCGAAUCCGGCUAUCACCGGUUUUACUUCGGUCACGAUGCGACCUCGCGGUUUUCUGGGAUUGCAGGCUGUGUGUGAAUGAAGCAUAGCUUGUAAACGCAUCGACAAUAAGGCUACGCGUUGCACGCAUUCAGUAGCUAUAGUUAUAUUACAAACUAUAUUUAUAUAUAUUUUUGACAUUGUUAAUAUACAUUGAUUUCAAAAAUAGCAUCUUAGUGUACUGUACUGCCUGUGCGCAUAUCUAGAUUAAUCCAAAUAAAUCGUUAAAAAUUCUUUGGCUAAGUAGGCGUUGAUGCAGAAUAAGGCAGUAGCUUUUGGUAGUUAAGUGGCAACACUGUGGUGCUGUCGUGUCUAUGGGCAAUGGCGGGCGAUUUUGAAUCUGUCAAUUUUUACCAGGCUCUCAGGGGGUCUAUCAUGAUCUUUUCUAUACAAAUUUGAUGGGCGAUUAUUGCUUAAUUUAUCCCUUAUUUAAUUAACAAUAGGGUCUUUCCUUUUUGUCAUUCGACAAAGACGUGUUAGUUCCAUUUUACAAUUGCCAAAGCUACCUAUUCUUAACAUUCUAUAUUAAUUAAAAAGCUGGAAAGAAAAUCGUUAUAAUCGCUCGCAGUUGUCCUAAGACCGGUAUCUGUUGUACAGUUACGUUUCGUGUGGGUCUAGCGGGAAUAUUAUAAAAUAAAAUUUACUAUAAUCUUUCUGUAUACUGUUAAAAUAUAGCCAAUAAUAUGUUUAUUAAUUACACGUGCCUCUAAUAAUUCUCCGCUAGGCCCGAACUAUUUAUGGCCCCGUAAAAUCUGUCGGAAAGACUGGCUAUUAUGCUAUUUAGACGAAAUUUGUAAAAAGUAAUUUUCGGUAGUGCUAGUUUUCGAUGUUAAUUUUGAAGGUUUCGAGCGUUCGGAAACGAUACGAUAUAAUAAUUAUUAGAUAACUGAAACGCUAAACGUGAGAGGUCCUUUUUUUAAUACUGCCAACUUGUUCACGACACAAAAAGCAUAUGGGUUUUAUUUUGUUUUAAGGUUGCAUGCACGUAAUGGGCCACUCGCGGGGAUGUUUGUGGUCCUCCUAUUAGACAUUGAUAUUAAAAAAUCUUUCUCAACAAGUUUUAAAUCACAUAGAAAAGUAAAUAGCCCCGUAAACGUCACUACCGCAUUAGUGCGCGAAGCUUGCUGUCGAGUACAUAUUUUAUUCGCAUAAUUAUUAGCAUAAUCGAUCUGCCAAUUUAAAGGUGGAAUGUCAAUCUUCAUACCUCAACUGUCAAUACACAUGACAGUUGACAUACGAUGUCACAACAUCCCUGCGACGACGUACAUUUCGUUUUUUUUGUAUAAUACGUGAGUUUCGCAUAGAUUAAGUAUAGACAUGUAUUGAACACGUUCAGUUUUUAUGACGCGUCUGUGUUGAAUAGCCGUUUCGAAUUAGCACAAAUUCAUUGAAACUAAAUUCGACAGCUGACUUUGACAGCUUGACAGUUAAAUCGUAAAUUUGACGUUCUCUCAUUUCGUUUAUGCACUAAUACGCACUCCACGUCAAACUAAUUCUCAUGAGUUUACAAAUCUUGUGAUUUUAAUACAGACGUGUCAAAAAAAUAGUUGCACUAACUUGCUCAAUAUGGUUUUUUAUUCGGUUGUUAAGUUGACAAAUGAAUUUUUCAAUUAGAGAGACGAAUUUCCUCUAAAAGUUCACAGCGUUUAACAUGUAAAAAUUCAAUGAAGUUGAACAAAAUCCUCUUCCUUCUUGAUUAAUUCAUGGCUAAAUAAUCUUAUGUAUAUUACACUAAUAUAAACAAAGUUAAGGGUGUGACGAUUAUUUUUUCUUUUUUUUCUAGUGUAUAAGGAUGCUUUUUUAUUAAUAUUAAGAGCUAACGAUUCAUUGGAUUUCGGUGAUAUCAAUUUGCUGUUGAAAUUAGUUUACAAAACCCCAUAACUCUGAAUAAAACGAUGAAUUAAACUUU